AACAAACAUGUCGGCGCGCUUUGUGCUGCGCUCCAACACGGGGCCGGACGCCUGGAGCUACGAAGAAGUGCUCUCGCCGCAGCGCCGCGCCCUGGACCACCCGACGCCCGCCGUGCACUUUGAAGACAUUUUGUACGAAAGCGGCGUCACGGACGAAAUGAUCUUUAUGAGCCAGCGCAACCACGACGCGCUCACGACGCAGCGCAUCUACUCGAUGGUCUUCACCAAGGAAAACAUCCAAAAGCUCGGCUUUCGUAACCUCAUCAAGCAGAUGCGCAACAAGAUCGGCGCCGUCGCGUCCCUCCCGACGUGCGAGGUCCGUUUGAGCUCGGUCGACUACAUUGCCGAGCUGCCCAUCACCGACUCGAGCAUCCAGACGGUCUCGCCGAGUAUGCCGUCGCUCCAGACAACGGCGCGCGACCACAAGUACUUUGACAAGUACAUUCUGCACAACAUCAACGCGAUCUUCAAGCCGGGCACCAUGACGCUCGUGCUCGGCCCGCCGGGCUGCGGCAAGACGUCGCUGCUCAAGCUUAUCGCGGGUCUCACCAAACCCGGAUCCAACGAGACGCUCACGGGGACUGUCACGUACAACGGGUGCGCGCCCGACCAGGUCGACCUCGCGUCGCUCACGACGUACGUGCAGCAGCAGGACCACCACAUUGCGACGCUCACCGUGCACGAGACGUUUGCGUUUGCCCACAAGUGCCUCGUGGGCCAGCUCGCGCAUGACGACCCGCUGCUCGUCAACGAAGAGCACAUGGUCGACAUCCUCAUCUCGGUGUUUGGUUUGACCGAGUGCGCCGACACGAUGAUCGGCGACGACAUGAUCCGCGGCGUCUCGGGCGGUCAGAAGCGCCGCGUGACCGUCGGCGAGAUGCUUACCGGUCGUGCGCCGACGCUGCUCAUUGACGAGUUCUCCAACGGCCUCGACGCCUCGACGACGUUUGACAUUGCGAAUGCGAUUCGGACCAUGGCCGAGCUGCUCGAGAAGACGGUGGUCAUGUCGAUGCUGCAGCCGCCGCCUGAAGUCUACGAUCUCUUUGACAACAUCAUUGUGCUCGACAAGGGCGAGAUGGUCUACUGCGGCCCGCGCACCGAGCUCGUGCCGUACUUUAAGAGCAUCGGGUACCACUGUCCGGCGCGCAAGGACAUUGCGGACUUUCUGCAAGAGGUCACGACGCCGCUGGGAGUGCGGUACGCAAAGGCAGCGUCCAGCGUGGCGCUGCCAACGUCGGCGGCCGAGUUUGCGGGCGUGUUCUACCAGAGCAACCUGGGUGCCGCGCUCGGGAAGGAGCUGAUUGCGGCGUCCGGACGGCCGCGCGAGAAGAUGGUGCAGGCGCGUCGGCGGCCGCUGCCGUAUUUUGAGAGCCUCCGCGUUGUGUUUGGUCGCAUCCUCAAGCAGUCGCUGCGGGACAAGAAGUUCAACAAGUCGCGCAUGGCCAACGCACUGGUCCUCGGUUCGAUCCUCGGCACGGUGUUCCUCGGUAUCGCGACAAAAGCCAAGACGCCGUCCCAAGAGCCGCACUACGCGCCGAUGAAGAUCGGCCUCUUCUACUUGGCCAUCCUCUUCCAAGCGCUCGCGACGCUCAGCUCGGUCCAAGCCGUGUACGAGCGCCGAAAGGUCCUCUACAAGCAGCUCCAGUUCAAGUUCUUUCCCGUCUCGACGAUCGUCAUUUCCGAGUUUCUCCUCGAGCUCGUUUGGACGCUGCCGCAAGCGAUUCUCUUCUCGGUGCCCUUCUACUUUGGCGCCGACUUCAACCCGAAUGGCGGUCACUACCUCGUCUGCCUGGCGACCAUGUACCUCGUGAGUCUCUGCUACGUGCAGUUCUUCAAGUUCAUCACGUCGAUCUCGGUCGACGGCGUCUUGGCCAAGGUCAUUGCGCUCUUUGGCAUCUUCAUGCACCUCAUGUUUGCCGGCUUUGUGCAACCCGAAGCCCAGAUCGCGACCGGGUGGAUCUGGCUCUACUGGUCCAACCCGAUCACGUGGGCCCUCCGGACGCUGGCGCAGAACGAGUACCUCUCGAGCCGCCCGAUGUACGACACGGUGAUUCCCGGUCGCGGUCGCAUUGGCGACAUUGCACUUGGCGCCAUGGGCUUCUCGACCAACAGCGCCUACGUUGGCCUCGGCCUCGUCUUUCUCUUUGGCUACGCGGUCGUCUUGAGCGUCUUGACGAUGGUUGCAUAUGCACGCGUGCGCCACCAGCAGGCUUUUACGCACAAGGUCGAAGACGCCGUGAGCACGCCCCCGGACGCCGCGUCCCUCUCCGUGCAAUCGGAGCGCAGCGACCUCAACAGCCUCGCAUUUUCGCCUGUGACGCUCGCCUUCCGCGACCUCUCGUACACGAUCCAAGUCGGCGCCAAGAAGCAAAAGAGCAGCCGCCAGCUGCUCCAGGGCAUCCACGGCUGCUUUGAGCCCGGGACGCUCACGGCGCUCAUGGGGUCGUCGGGGGCCGGCAAGACAACGCUCAUGGACGUCAUCGCCGGGCGCAAGACGGCCGGUGUCAUUGCCGGCGACCUGUAUGUCAACGGCCACCCGAUGGACCGCAAGACGUUCAAUAUCCUCAUGGGCUACUGCGAGCAGUUUGAUAUCUACGAGGAGACGUCGACGGUCGUCGAGGCGUUCCUUUUUUGCGCGGCGUUGCGGCUGCCGUCGUCGACGUCUGCGGGCGAGCGCGCGGGCUUUGUGCGCGAUGUUUUGGUCGUGCUCGAGCUCCAGGCGCGCGCCAACGCGCAGCUCUUUGCCUUGUCGCUGGGCGAGCGCAAGCGCGUCACGAUUGGCGGCGAGCUCCUCUCGAACCCGAGCAUUCUCUUUCUGGACGAGCCGACGACCGGUCUCGACUCGCGCGCCGCCACGAUCGUCAUGGAGUGCGUCAAGCGCAUUGCGCAGUCGGGUCGCACGGUCGUGUGCACGAUCCACCAGCCGUCGACCGUCCUUUUCGAGCUCUUUGACAAGCUGCUGCUGCUCCAGUCGGGCGGCCAUUUGGUUUACUACGGCCCGCUCGGUCUCGAGUCGUCCGAGAUGCUCGAGUACUUUGGUCAGUUUGAGAGUGUGCCGCAAAUGCAGCCAAGCGAGAACCCGGCCACGUACAUGCUCAACUGCAUCGGCGCCGGCACGACCGAUGCCAACGCCUAUCUCGACUUUGCGCAGCUCUACAGUCAGAGCUGGCUGAGCAAGGACAACAUUGCAAUGCUCCAAAAGGCCAUGGUGCCGAAUGGCAGUGUCAUGACCAAGACGGAUCAGUUCACCGCGUCGUUUGGUGCGCAAGUGCGCGCGCUUCUGCAGCGGCAGUGGACCAUCUACUGGCGGUCGCCGUCGUUCAACCGGUCCCGACUCAUCCUUGUCAUCGUUCUCGCGCUCGUCUUCACGUCCAUGUACGCCGGGCAGACGAUCACGACGGCGACGGACGUCAUGUCCCGCCUCGUCCUCAUCAACGUCUCGUCGUCGUUCAUCUGCUCGAGCUUCCUCUCGGCCGCGAUUCCCUUCACGAUGCAUCUGCGUGGCGUCUUCUACCGCGAGCGCAUGUCCAACAUGUACUCGCCCGGCGCCUACGUCCUCGUCAUGUUCAUUGUCGAGUUUGUCUAUACGAGCUUCUUCGCGGCUGUUUACGUGCACGGGCUCUACUGGAGCGUUGGCCUCUCGGCCGAGACGACCGCGUGGACAUGGUACUGGCUCGUGAUGACGCUCUCGAUGGCGAUGUGGUCCUUCAUCGGGCAGCUCUUUGCCGUCGCGGUCUCGACGCACCAAGUCGCCGUGCUCCUCGGCGGCGCAAUCACGGGCAUCAUGUUCAUCUUUGCCGGCUUCUUCAUCGACGCCAACACGCUCGUCUCGGGGUGGCAGUGGAUGUACUGGCUCUGCCCGCUCCACUACAUGGUCGAAGCGAUCAUUGUCACGCAGUUCCACGGCGACGUCCGUCUCGUGCUCGACACACUCACCAAGGAACCGGUCACCGUCACGGCGUUCGUCACCAAGUUCUUCAACGGCGCAUACGAUUACGCCAACCGGUUUGACGAUUUGAUUGCGCUCGUGGCGAUGAUUGCGAUCUUCCAAAGCCUUAUUUGGCUCUGCCUCGCCAAGGUCUGCCACCUCGAACGGUGAUCGGAGCGCGAUUGAAGCUGGCGAUCUCAGUUGUCAUUAUUG